AUGCAUUGCCUCGUUGGAGUGUUCUGCCUUCUUGCGCCAGCGCUGGCAUCAGCAUUUUCUCCAGCCUCACCUCCGGUAAUCCAUGAGGAUGGUGGCCCUGUGGAUAAAGCUCUAGCAACUGACAAGUCAUUCGACACGAUCACGCUGCAGCUGCCUAAUGAUUACGGACUACCUAAUGACGGAGUAAAACCAAUAUGGAAAUUCCAAGUCAAGGUUCUCAAUUCCACCGAGCCGUGUGGCUAUGGGAAUAUUACCAUCAAUGGGCAGACUCUCGAACAGACACCCAAUGGCAAGGUCAUGACUGGCAAGGGGAACUUCCAGACCCCUCUGAUGGGCGUUGCCCCGGCAUCAUGGACUUUCAAUUGCAUUGAGCUCGCUGGCGGACAUCAAUAUCAGCGGCUGAGUUUUGUCGUCCAUUCUCUAGACGGAAAGGCAGUGAGAGGCAUCGGGAUCAACGCCAUCUUCACGCAAACCGCCCCCGCUGAAAUCCAUGCAAUAUCGAACGCAUCCAUGCGUCCAAAAUUUACCACCACCCGCCCCGACCCUGAAGAUCGACAUCGUAGUGCGGCAUAUCCUCCAUCUCAUAAAGAGGUCAAGGAACAUAAGAUUGCCGAGCUCCACCGGAUGCGAGCUCACCUCCGAGAACUUCAAUUACUCAUUGUUAAGAAAGAGCAAGCCCUCGCAGAGCAUAUUUGCAGGAAUUCCGACGGUAAUUGCAAUCACGGAGGCUUCAAAAAGAGUAUUUGGGCAACUGCUACCGGCAAAGUGCGCAAAGUUACCCAUAAUCUCUUUGGCGAAGCUGGAGGCAGCCAGCAGGAUCGUUUCCCCCAACCACCAUCUUGGCAUCCCCACCCGCCAAAGAAUACAUUUCACUGGCGCGGGGCUGGAAGUCUUACCUAUGGCCCUCCAGAACAUGGCGAGGAUAAACACCCCAAAUUGCCGCCGCUCUCCACGCCCUGGAAGUCGGCUUUCAGGAAACCUUAUGAUCGACGACCACAAUCUGUCCCCCAUGCUAUAAAAGAUAGCCCUCAGCAUCCGCCACAAAGCGGGCUAGUGCCGCCUCAUGGUCUUCCCGACCACGACCGAAAUCAUGAUGAAAGUCGCCUUGAGCCACCGCCUGUACGAUUAUUUUCUUCUGAAUCAAAUGAUCGCCCUCGUCCGGUACACUGGCAUAAGCCGGGCCAUACGUCUCCAACCCCAGACUCUGAUCAUAAACAGACACCCCGUAAAGGAUUCGGCUUUUGGGACCCCAUAAAGGUUGCCAAGGUUGCAGUCUUCAUUUACCUUCUUGCUUGCGUACUCGCCGUUCUCCAGAGACGUAAAUAUCUCCGCAACAUGCGCGAAGCUUCUCAGUCACAUAUAGAACAACUUGAAAGCCACACAUCGAUGAAGCUAAUGCUCUGCAGAUUACAAGCUCGCUUAUCAGGGAGAACAUCUAAUAUUACAUCCGAUGAGAAACGUGAGGCAUUAGUAACUGAUAUGGAGAGCGCGAUGAUGGAGGAGAUCACGCAACUACGCAAUGCUGCCAACGUCGUUGGGGAUAUAGUUACCAAAGAAGAUGAGCGAUCUCAAGUUAGAGAUAAGGCCGAAAUGCCCGCCUAUGAAUAUAGCGAGGCAUGCAAGAACAGCGCCAUUGCAUGA